ACGUCCGUCCUGCAUAAUAAUCCGACUGGAAACACGCGUUGUGUGUUGUUGUGGCGCAAUUGUAAUUUUCGUUGUAGGCUAAAUCAGAAACUCUUGAACUGUAAAACAUAAAUACAGUUAUUUGUUUGCUUGUAAAUGGCCGAUGUGCCCUGCCUUUGUGUGUCCCGGUGUCAUGCACAGCAGUUCAGGAGAUAUCUACAGUCCAGAGGAGCUCUGGACCUGAGUUUGUGUUUACUGAAAGACUCAGAUGAGACAGUCCUCUUGCCCAUUUUACCAUCCUGUCUGUCACAACUUGAUCUGCAAUCUCUCAGAACCAUGGUGGCUUCAGACAGUGCUUGUGAAAUAGUUUGGAGCCAGUCUCCUCUGCAGUCAAAGAAGGAGAGAGGAAGGACAAGUGGUAAUAAACUAGAGAAAAUCCUCCUGGAGCUGUUUGAAUCUCAUGGUGAAAGAUGGACGGAGGAGCUGAGGGGGGAUCUCCCUCGCAGUUUCCAGAGGCAUGGAGACCUGGUGCUGCUGGGAGACAAUUGUUUCUCCCUGCCACUAUGGAAGAAAAUGGAUCAACAGCUAUGGAGUGCAGUGGCCAAAGGACUGGGGGCAAAGCGCCUGGCAAAGAUGAGUCAAAUAUCCAGGGAUGGAUUUAGGUCUCCUGUGGUGACGAUGCUGUUGGGAGAGCACAGCUGGGUCAAACAUGUGGACAACAGGAUUAGGUAUGAGUUUGAUGUGACCAAAUGCAUGUUCUCAGCUGGAAACAUAACAGAGAAGCUCCGGGUGGCUGGAUUUGACUGCAGAGGGGAGACUGUGGUGGAUUUGUAUGCAGGUAUUGGAUACUUCACUCUUCCAUAUCUGGGACACGCGGGGGCCAGUCAUGUUCACGCCUGUGAGUGGAACCCUGAUGCAGUUGAAGCUUUACGGAAAAACCUCGUGACAAAUGGGGUGUCUGACCGCUGCACCGUUCACCAAGGAGACAACCGACAACUCCAGCUGUGUGACAUUGCUGACCGAGUGAACCUGGGUCUCAUACCGAGCUCUGAGGACGGCUGGCCUGUUGCCUGUCGACUGCUGAAGAGAACAACUGGUGGCAUUUUGCACAUUCACCAGAACGUUACCUCACUAUUUCCAAGCACGGCAGCCAUGCCAGCAAACGAUGAUGCCACCCAGAGGCUUUCUGGGAAGAAAGCUGACAGAGAGGUGUGGCAGGCUUGGGCCGGUGACACAGCAAACCGCAUCGCCUCCCUUUUAAAGGACAUCACUGGUGCAUCGUGGAUAACAAACAUCCAGCACAUAGAACAUGUUAAGUCAUAUGCACCUCAUGUUCACCAUAUUGUGCUGGACUUGGAAUGCAGGCCAUCCUGUGCUGAAGAGAAGAACAGAUUCUGAGUGGACACUGUGGCAUUCAACAUUUUAAUGUUGCUUUAUUCUACAGAAGAAACAGGCAACUGUAUGGUCCAGAAGUUUCCAGUGCAUCCAAACACUGCAGCAGCUGGUUAGUGAAAUCAAUUGCUGAAGUGUUUUUAUAAACUUUAUUUAGCCAGGGCAGGUUCACUGGGCACAAAUUAUGUUGUUAUUUUAAUUUUUUUUAGAAACGCCCUGCCUCACACUCAUGUAGUUAUAACGACAUCUGGAAGCUGCCAAGCUGUACCACAACCACAGCCUUAUCUGUUGGCCACUGGGCAGCUCCACUGGAACAGUGGUGGUUUAGAUGCUUUGCUCAAGGGCAACUCAUUGUUGUUAUACUCACUGGAAUGCCCUCCGGUGUUUGAUCCCUAGACCCCUUGUGGUUGGCUGAAAUAAAAAGCUGAAGACAUGACUCACA